AUGGGCGAUGCUGCUGUGCUUAAGAAAAAAGGUUAUGUUCUGGGGAACACCUUGGGCGAGAGUUCCUUUGCCAAGGUGAAAUCUGCCUACUCGGAGCGUCUGAAAUUCAACGUGGCUGUGAAAAUCACAGAUAGGCGGAAAGUUCCAAGUGAGUUCCUGGAGAAAUUUCUGCCUCGGGAGCUGGAGAUCUUGUCAACCGUGAAUCACUGCUCCAUCGUCAAAAUCUACGAGAUCUUUGAGACUGCUGGAAAAGUCUACAUUGUGAUGGAGCUUGGCGUUCAGGGGGACUUACUAGAGUUCAUUAAGAGCAACCGGGGGCUCCCUGAAGAAGUGGCCUGCCGGAUGUUUCGUCAGCUGUGUUGUGCCGUCAAAUACUGCCAUGACUUGGAUGUGGUGCACCGCGACCUGAAGUGUGACAACGUCCUUCUGGACAAAGACAUGAAUGUCAAACUGUCAGACUUUGGCUUUUCCAAGCGGUGUUUUCGAGAUGGGAAUGGCAAAAUCUUGCCCAGCCAGACAUUUUGUGGCUCUGCAGCUUAUGCUGCUCCAGAAGUGAUCCAGGGCAUUCCUUAUCAUCCCAAAGUUUAUGACAUGUGGAGCCUAGGUGUGAUCCUGUAUGUCAUGGUUUCCGGAUUCAUGCCCUAUGACGAUUCCAAUGUCAAACGGAUGCUCCGCCUGCAGAAGGAACAUCGGAUCCUCUUUCCCGGGUAUCUGAGUCCGGAAUGCAAAGACCUGAUUUUCCGCAUGCUUCAGCCUGAUGUUUCUCACCGCCUACGGAUUGAAGAGGUUCUAAACCACCCUUGGGUGCAAGGAAAGGACCUGAAAUAA